CCUACCUCCCCUGCAGUUACCGUUACCGUGUUCGGUAUCCUGGGCUGGUGCGCGCGGAGCUGAGAUGGGCAGCUGGGCAGGACGCACCCCCGGGGAGCAGUGAUCCAUAGAAAAGAGCACGUUUCUGAUUACUGUGAAAGGAGAGUGGUGCAUGGGUGUUGUGCUGAACUGCAGCCAUGGCUCACUUGAGGGAAUUUGCCCAUCAGCACUCUCGAGUUGAUCCAGAGGAGUUGUUCACCAAGCUGGAGAGGAUCGGUAAAGGGUCGUUUGGGGAGGUGUACAAAGGAAUUGACAACCGUAGCAAGGAGGUGGUAGCUAUCAAGAUAAUUGACCUCGAGGAGGCAGAAGAUGAAAUUGAGGACAUUCAGCAGGAGAUAACAGUGCUCAGUCAGUGUGACAGUCCCUACAUCACCCGUUACUAUGGCUCUUACUUGAAGGGCACCAAACUGUGGAUAAUCAUGGAAUAUUUGGGGGGUGGCUCAGCACUGGAUCUACUCAAGCCUGGCCCCUUGGAAGAGACCUACAUUGCCACUAUCCUACGAGAAAUUCUAAAGGGUUUAGACUACCUUCACUCUGAGAGGAAAAUUCACAGAGACAUAAAAGCUGCCAAUGUGUUGCUUUCGGAGCAAGGGGAUGUGAAACUGGCUGAUUUUGGUGUGGCUGGCCAGCUGACAGACACUCAGAUCAAAAGAAACACAUUUGUCGGGACUCCAUUUUGGAUGGCACCUGAAGUCAUCAAGCAGUCAGCCUAUGACUUUAAGGCAGACAUUUGGUCCCUUGGCAUUACUGCUAUUGAACUGGCAAAGGGAGAGCCUCCAAAUUCUGACCUGCAUCCUAUGAGAGUUCUUUUUCUGAUUCCCAAAAACAAUCCUCCAACACUGGAGGGACACCAUAGCAAGCCCUUUAAGGAGUUUGUGGAAGCCUGCCUUAACAAGGACCCAAGAUUUAGGCCCACUGCAAAGGAAUUGCUAAAGCACAAAUUUAUCACACGUUACACCAAGAAAACAUCAUUUCUCAUGGAGCUCAUUGACCGGUACAAACGCUGGAAGUCAGAGGGGCAUGGUGAGGAUUCCAGCUCGGAUGACUCGGAAAUUGAUGGAGAUGCCGAUGAGAGAGAUCAGGGACCCAUCUGGACUUUCCCACCAACAAUUCGCCCCAAUUCCCUGAACAAGCUGCACAAAGGGAUGCCUCAUCACGGGUCCCAAAAGCCAGUUGAACCCAUCAAGCGGCAGCCACGGUCUCAGUGUCUCUCUACUCUUGUACGUCCUGUCUUUGGAGAGCUCAAAGACAAACACAAGCAGACUGGAGGCAAUGUAGGAGCCAUGGAGGAACUGGAGAAUGCUUUUAGCUUAGCAGAAGAGUCUUGUCCAGGAAUUUCUGACAAACUGAUUGCACACAUGGUGGAGCGAGUGCAAAGGUUCUCACACAGCAGGAACCACCUAACUUCAGCACGCUGAGGAGUUUGCCCUUUCUACUAGUGGGUGACUUUUCCCCCCAGCUCCAUAGGAAUUGCAUCUUGAAUCCAUCACCAUCUGCUGUUGGAUGUUAACAUUGUGCUAUGGAUUCCCAGACAUUUCAGAGCCUUUGUGUGUGUGUUUCAUGACCACCUAGUAUGGGAUUUGCAAUACACAUGAUUAUGGAUUAUUUUGCAAAGCCCAAGGAGUGUAAUUUUUACAGUGUAUUUCAUGAAGGUUUUUCAUUAUAUCCAAUUUUUCUCAGGUCAGUCCUUGUUUCAACGCAAAAUCCUGACUGCUGGAAAAAUGGAAAUCCUUAGGCAAAUACAUUCCCAAAGGGAAGUGGGACUGUGAUAGCUUCCUGCUCUGAUCAAAGGCAGUGUUUGAGCAGCUGAUCAGCAAGAAGGGGCUAUCACCAUCCAGUGAGAUGGUCAUAUAUGCUGGUGCUACACGACAGUUUUGUUUCAGGUUUCUCCUCAGCUAAUAGAAGAAGAAGAUUGGGCUAGCAGUUGCUGAGAAAAGUGAAUCUUGCCUCCUUUCUACUGGCCCCUUUUUGAGGUAGGUUUGACUACUGCUGUAUUAUAUACUAAUCCAUGUUUCAUUCACUAGAGUGUGGUGCAGAUGUGCUCCUACUCAGUCAAAGCCUUUUGCUUCUACUUAGUAUCUUGAGUAUAAACACUUGCAUACCAAGUUCAAAUAUUCUGGCAGAGUAUUAUGUACUUGUUACAGAGGGGAAGGAAGCUAAAUGCUUUAUUACUUCUACAGCUUAGAGACAGGGUAAGGAUCUAACCAAAGUCUGCAAACUUUGUAAAGACUUGUUAUUCCAUGAUAUUUGGCUAAGAUUUUCAGUUAAACUGAAAUAUGUGUGGUGCCAACAGCUAGAGAAAGUAAUAGCUGACAUGCUCAAAACAUUGCCUGUGUCUCUCAACUUUUUUACCACAUUUUGGACUUUUACUUAUGUCAAAAUUGCUCAUGAACAUUAUCUCUGAUUCUGACUGAGAAGUACAUAUCUGAAGCAUCUGAGAUGCCAGCUAGAUCUUCCUCUGGAGCAGUAAAUGUGUAGACUCAUUUCCUAAACGUGUAGAUUCAGUGGUAUGGAUGUCUUCCUUUGAGAAAGACAUCUUAAAAGCUGCAGCUGCUGCUUUUAUGACUUGCUUAUGGACAGCUGAGUAAAGAAUAUGGAUAGGAAGUUAAAGAAUCCAUUUGCCUUUACUGUUGUCCUUCAGGUCUGCUUACAAAGCAGAUGGGAACAUUAGAUAAAGGGAAAACAAGAAGCUGCUACUUUGUGCUAUUUAUAAAAGGUACCUUGCAUUAGCUCACACAAUGUCACCAGAAUGCUCUUAAAGGUUUCUCCAGUAUUCAAAGCAACAAUGUCUUAGUUCUCAUAUGAGCAAUGAGGGAUCUGCCACUUCCAAUAAAAUUAACUUGUCAAGUAAAAGCUAUCUGUGUGUUUAUUUAUACAUGAACACAAGUACUAACACAAAAUUAUAUUAUUGUAUCACUCUCCCAAGAGU